AUGGAGCGACGGCGGUAUGAGCGGGGCCUGAAGUCGCAACGCGGGAAGCGGGACGCACGAAGGUUGGUGCGGGUGUGUUUGGUUUGCCUGUCACUCUUCAUCCUGCUUGUGUUUGGCGCUGGCGGGUAUCGUGCCUCCUCCUCGGAGGAGGCGCUAAGCGCCGCUUCAGGGAAUGUGGCUGUGUUUUCCUCUGAGGACCUUCCGGCCGCACGCAUACCGGUGGAGGUCGCCACCAUUUUUGUUUCCAUCGCCGCCUUUCGCGACACCGAGUGCGUUACGACGCUGGAGAGCCUUUUCACGCGUGCGAAGUACCCUAGGAGAGUGUUCCUGGGCAUCAGUGAGGAGCGCUUUGAGACGGAUAGCAGCUGCAUUGCCUCACCUGAGGUGCUUGACGGCAUUGGCGUGAAUCGCUCUCGCACGAUGCGCUGGAGAGAUUUGCUUCCCCACGCCUACGAUGCGGCCGCCCUGCGGCAACACCCCAAGCACACGCCUGUACUGCAUGAGAGGCGAGACGAAGACAUCAUCACCUGCCUUCUCAGCGCGGAUGCCCCUGGCGAGCUCUCCUCCCCUGGCGACUCCAUGUUGAACGGCUGCCAGGUCGUCACACGCCUCGGAAACCCGGACGACGCCCGCGGUCCGACGUACGGUCGCUACAUCACAAGUCUUUUCUACAAUAACCAGGAUUACUACAUGGUGGUGGACAGCCACUCAAGGUUUGUGCCGGACUGGGAUGUAAGGAUGAUUGAACGCGCGCGGCUGAUGCCCACGCGCGGGGUGCUGUCGCACUACCCCAACGGGUACACCCCGGAGGCUCCCGAUGCUGAGAUCAACAAGACGGAUGUGAUGUGCAUGUGCAAAGGAGUGAUAAUGCCCAACAACGUGCCAAAGUUGGGGGCAAGGUGGAUCCCAAUUGGGGAUCACCCCGUGCUCCAGGGCUUUGUGGCUGCCGGGUACAUUUUUGGAGAUGCACAGUUCGUGCGGGACGUGCCGUUUGAUCCGUACCUUCCAUUUUUGUUUGACGGCGAGGAGAUCCUCUACACCGUGCGGCUCUGGACGCACGGGUGGGACAGCUACUCCCCUGCCACGGCGUUGGUGUACCAUAACUACAUGCGCGUCAACACCCCGCGGUUCUUCGGGGUCAUUAAGAGGCCUGGUGCGAAGGAGCGCCGGGAGUUUGAGCAGGGCACCUCGAUAAGACGCGCGUUAUAUCUACUGCGGCGGCACGUACUGAACACCACCCAACUUGUUGUGACCGACAAUGAGGCGCAUCGAUGGAACCCGGCGAUUGGGCGUGAGGCGGCCCGUUUCGGAAUGGGCAAAUUCCGAUCGCUCACAGACUACUGGGAGUUUGUGGAACUCAGCGACGCCUUUGUGAAGGAAAAGGAUGACGAGGGUCGUUGGAAGGGCGGCGAAGGACUCUGUGAGAAGGCACACGUUCUAUAA